UAUCUAGCGACAAAUUAGAGAAGUUUCGUAAGGCAAUAUUUGUAAAGUUCGAAAUUAUUUUAUAAGUGAAAUUAAAUGAAUGUAUAGGAUCAUUAAUUUGUAUUAAACAUUUCAUAAUAUUUAUAAUUAUAUAUGUGGACGAGAAAUUUUAAUAAUGGUCUUUAUUUACAAUUAAUACGAAAUAAUAUUAUACUGUGAAAUAUAUGUUUAAUGAAAUUGUCUCAAGUUAAUAAAUACAUAUGACGAUGUCUAAUUUACGUAUAGUUAUUAAAAAACCAAUUAAUUUAUUAAAUUUAUGCGGAAAUCAAAGAUAUUACAGCUUAUUUCCAACUCAUUAUAUUAAACCAAUAUAUAAUAAGGAAGAACAACAAAAUAUACAGUCAAAAGAAAUUAAAGAAAUUAUUCAUAAAUCUUUUAGACCAGCACUUACUACGGACACAUGCUCAGAAUUUUAUGAUAAAACUGUAAAUCGCUUUACAAAUUAUAUUAUGAGAAAAGGAAAAAAAGAGUUAGCUAGAAUAUUGCUGCAAAAUACCUUUGAAAAUAUUAAAAUAAUGCAAAUAAAGGAUUAUCAUAGGGCUAAUUCUAGUGAAAAAGAAACUAUAGAAUUAGAUCCUAAAAUAAUUUUCAUUAAGGCCAUUGAGAACGUUACACCAAUUUUAGAGUUAAAAAGACAUAGAAAAGGUGGUAUAAAUUAUAAGAUUCCUGUAGCAAUAAACCAACACAGAGCUAACUUUUUAGCAAUGAACUGGUUAAUACAAGCAGCAAAAAACAAAGAGAAAGAUGUACAUUUUCCUGAACAAUUAGCGAAAGAACUUAUAGAUGCUUUUAAUAAACGGGGUCGCGUUAUUAUGAAAAAACAUGAUUUGCAUAAAGAAUGUGAUGCUAAUCGUGCUUAUGCUCAUUUUAGAUGGAUGAAACAAUAAUAUAAAUAAAACAUUGCGUUUGUAAAACAAAUAUAAUUAAAUAUUAUAACAUGUAUAUUUAAUCAUUAAAUAGGAAAAUCUAAAUAUGGUGAUAUUAUUCAUAAUCACCUAAUAUACUUACAAGUUGUUCUUUGUUACUAAUUACACUGUGAUUCACAUAUAGUUUUAAUGGAAACGUAAGUGAAGUGAUGUGUACAUUUCUAAAAAUUAUUAAGAAAGCAGGACUAUUAAGGGGUUUAAUGUCCCUAAUCUUAGUAUCAAUGUCUAUUCUUCUACCCCACUGAUUGACAUAUGCAAUCUUUAUAAAAUCACCAUCUUUAUAAUAUAUGAUACCAAUUUGAUUAGUAAAUAAUGCUCCAACUAUAAACACUGAUAUCGCAAAUGAACUUGCUGUAAGCAAAAAUGAUUUUUUUUAAAAGAGAUAUGAAAAAAUGUAUUAGAUGUAACAAAUAAUUCGAUGCCUUUUUAACAAAUUUAGUAAUUAUUUAUAAAAUAAACAUGCAUCUGUUAUUCUUCGGAAUAGUCUCCAUUAUUUUCGAUAUUUUUGGUCCAUCUUUAAGAGAACUGCUGAAUCCUUGAUUCAAAAAGAAGGCGAUUUUGAUAAAAUGAAUUUAAUAUUAAGGGACCGAAUUAACUGAUACAUCUAUUCAUUUUUUGAAUUACUUUUUAUUAUUGUUAAAGGCUUACCA